AUGCCCCCCUCUCUCUCCCUUUCCUUCCCCCCCCCCUCCUCCCCACCAUGCAUGCUGAAUUUGUUGAUGGAUACCCCUCUAGAUAGGUCGCAGCAGGACUACGCGGAGACGGCGUGCAGCAGCGGGCGGGCGCUGUGUGCGCUGAUCAACGACAUUCUCGACCUCUCCAAGAUCGAGGCUGAGAAGCUCCGCCUCGAGCGCAUCCCCCUCAACCUGCGCGCCGAGCUCGACGACGUGCUCGCGCUCUUUGUGGAGAGCGCCCAGGAGAAGCGAUGCGUGGAGCUUGCGGCGUUUGUGGCCGAUGACGCGCCGGAAAUGCUCGUGGGAGAUCCGCUCCGUGUGAAGCAGAUCCUCAUCAAUCUCAUCAGCAACGCAUUCAAGUUCACCACUGAGGGCCACGCAACUGCCAGCAGGCACCAAUCCCUUGACAAUGGCUUUACCAAGGCAAGCAGGCUCAGAGAGGGGAGGGAUGCUGAUGAGAUUUCUGAGGAUCACCCUUCAAGCAGCUAUAUAGAAGGGAAGGAUCCAUGUCCAGUUGAGGCUGCCGGUGCUGGUGUAAAAGGGAGGAACGGUGCUGCUUGGGAUGACAGGGACGAUGGUGCUGGUGGCAAUGUUGGCAUGGGUGGCGGUGUUGGCACCAGUGGCGGCAGUCGAACCAUUGUGAAGGCAUCUAUUGAGCCUGCGUGUGCAACGCUGAGUGGGUGGCCAGCCAUGAAGUCGUGGUGUUCGUGGGAGGGCAUGCGGGAGCACAUGGACCUUGCUGCCCCUGUGCACCUGAUGGUGGCUGUGGAAGACACAGGUACCGGCAUCCCCCGGCACGCGCGGAGGUACAUCUUCCGGCCGUACACACAGGCAGAGCGCAGCACGGCACGGCUGCAUGGAGGCACGGGCAUCAGCCUCUCCAUCUGCAAGCGCCUGGUGUCGAUGAUGGGAGGAUCCAUCUCGUUUGUCUCGAAGCCAGGCGUCGGCACCACCUUCCUCUUCGAUAUCCUCCUCCACACACCGCCUCUCCCUCACCCGCCUCCCUCCCCUUCUCACCCUCCCCAACCCCACACUCCUCCUCAACACCAGAAUCCAGUAUCCCUGAAAUCCCCUGCCAUCUGUUCUAGCACUCCCUUCAUCCCCGCUCCUCCUUCCCCUCAAAGCUCAUGCCACUUCCCCCCUGAACCCACAAACCACCAGCCACUGCAGCAGCAGCGGCAGAGGAGAAGGGAGGAUGUGGGUUUCAGAGUGGGAACGCUGGGAGCGGUGGGAGUGAAGGGAGAUUUGCCACAAGGCGAGCAGCAGGGCGAGCAGCAGGGCGAGCAGCAGGGCGAGCAGCAGGGCGAGCAGCAGGGGGAGAAGCAGGGGGAGCAGCAGGGGGAGCAGCAGGGGGAGCAGCAGGGGGAGCAGCAGGGGGAGCAGCAGGGGGAGCAGCAGGGGGAGCAGCAGGGGGAGCAGCAGGGGGAGCAGCAGGAGGAGCAACAGUGGGAGCAGCAGGAGGAGAGGAAGCAACACAAGCUUGAACUAACCUCCGAGCCGUCUCUUGCUUCAACAUACCUCUCUCACCUCCUCUCUCCCAGUCGCACCACCAACCACCCCUCUCCUUCUCCACACACCAACCAGCAAGAUCGUCUUGAGGAGUUAUCUUCUUUUCACGAGCCUUUUGCUCCUUCUCUCGACCCAUUUGGCUCUACUCUUGACCCGUCUGCUCCUUCUCUCGACCCAUUUGGCUCUACUCUUGACCCGUCUGCUCCUUCUCUCGACCCAUUUGGCUCUACUCUUGACCCGUCUGCUCCUUCUCUCGACCCAUUUGGCUCUACUCUUGACCCGUCUGCUCCUUCUCUCGACCCAUUUGGCUCUACUCUUGACCCGUCUGCUCCUUCUCUCGACCCAUUUGGCUCUACUCUUGACCCGUCUGCUCCUUCUCUCGACCCAUUUGGCUCUACUCUUGACCCGUCUGCUCCUUCUCUCGACCCAUUUGGCUCUACUCUUGACCCGUCUGCUCCUUCUCUCGACCCAUUUGGCUCUACUCUUGACCCGUCUGCUCCUUCUCUCGACCCAUUUGGCUCUACUCUUGACCCGUCUGCUCCUUCUCUCGACCCAUUUGGCUCUACUCUUGACCCGUCUGCUCCUUCUCUCGACCCAUUUGGCUCUACUCUUGACCCGUCUGCUCCUUCUCUCGACCCAUUUGGCUCUACUCUUGACCCGUCUGCUCCUUCUCUCGACCCAUUUGGCUCUACUCUUGACCCGUCUGCUCCUUCUCUCGACCCAUUUGGCUCUACUCUUGACCCGUCUGCUCCUUCUCUCGACCCAUUUGGCUCUACUCUUGACCCGUCUGCUCCUUCUCUCGACCCAUUUGGCUCUACUCUUGACCCGUCUGCUCCUUCUCUCGACCCAUUUGGCUCUACUCUUGACCCGUCUGCUCCUUCUCUCGACCCAUUUGGCUCUACUCUUGACCCGUCUGCUCCUUCUCUCGACCCAUUUGGCUCUACUCUUGACCCGUCUGCUCCUUCUCUCGACCCAUUUGGCUCUACUCUUGACCCGUCUGCUCCUUCUCUCGACCCAUUUGGCUCUACUCUUGACCCGUCUGCUCCUUCUCUUGAGCCGUUUGGCUCGCCCGCUGUCCUUGUGGCUCCUCGUCCAUCCGUCGCUCCCCUUUCCCGCCAGUACUCCUUCCCUCCCAUCUCACUCGCUGCUUCUCCUCCCUGCCCUCCUAUCUCCAUCGCCCGUCCGCCGCUCACCAUCGAUGUUCACUGCUCUAGUGAGAGAAUUGCGAGCGGAGGGGAGGAGGAGCAGCAGUGGCUUCAGCUGCAGCAACGGCAGUGGCAGUGGCAGCAGGAGGAAGAGAAGGAGACGGAGGAGGGGGAAGAGGGGAAGGAGGAGGAGAAAGAAGAGGUGGAGGAGGAGGAGCAAGGAGAGGAGGAAGGAGGGGAGGAGGAUGGAGCAGCGCAGGUGCAGCAACGCGUUUCCAGGGUUUCUCAAAGAUUGCAGCAGCGGGUGCACUACAAGAGCUUGAGCAAGGCAGAGAGGCGGGGAUGGGUGGGGGCGGUGGUGGUGGAGGGGGAGAUGAUGCAGCGGCUGAGCGUCUCAGCAGAUCAAAUCCAUGCUCUCAUGUCAGGCCAGGCAGGAGACAACGUGAGUACGGUUGGGGGGAAAGGGAAGAAAGGGAGGAAGGAGGGAGUGAGUAGGUGUGCAGCAGAGAAGGGCUGUGGCAGCAAGAGCAGCAAUAGCAGAUGUGCUUCUCUAAAACCUACCAGUGAAGCAGCUGUGGGUUCACAGGAGGAGCAGCCUACCAGCCUUACUGCUGGUAGCAACUGCAGCAGCUGCGGUUUGCCUUGUUCCUGUUCCUGCAGCGGGAGCAACUGCAGGUGGCCUGUUCCUUUCCUCGUGCUUCUCCACGGCUCUCUUCCUCUCCCUCCCCACUCUCUUGCUACAGGCCUUGCCGCCCCCGACAGUCUCAGCCCUUACAAGAGAGAAGCAUAUAACGGGGGCAGCUUCUCCUGUGAGCCUUGUCCUGAGGGCCAAAGAGGGGGUGAGCUGGACCAGAGAAAGGGGAGGAAGGGAGUAACCGGAGCAAGGGGCAGGGAGGGGGCCAACGAGGGCGGCAGCAGGGAGGGAAGCUUGGAGCAGAGUAAGAGCAGGGAGAGGGAGGGCAGCCGCAAAAGGCAAGGAGAAAGGGUGGAUGAAAGGGAUGAGGGGGGUGACUGUGCGUGCAACGAUGGGAUGAGCGGUUUCCAAGGCAGCAUCAGGAACAGGCCUCCUGCUCUGUCCCUCUCUCCCUCUACGUCAAUACCUGCCACUGCCGCUCGUCUCUCUCCCUCCCCUGCUCUCUCCCUCGUACCCGCCCCGUCCAUCCCCUCGCUAUUGUCACUUGGCUUUGACGCUGUUGUGAGGAAGCCGCUGCGGAAACCAGCGCUGCUGGCGGCGCUUCUGCCGCUGUUUGGUGCGGACGUGGGGGAGGAGCAAGGUGGGUGUGGGCAGGCAGGAGGAGGAGCAGAGGCAGGAGGAGGAGCAAGGUGGGUGGUACGGAUGGUGUGGGUGGUACGGAUGGAGUGGGUGGUACGGAUGGAGUGGGUGGUACGGAUGGUGUGGGUGGUACGGAUGGUGCGGGUGGUACGGAUGGUGUGGGUGGUACGGAUGGUGUGGAUGGAGUGGAUGGAGUGGAUGGGAGGGCGAGCGCUGGUAAGGAGUGGCAGUGCUGUGGAAACUACUUCUGGUUCGCGUCAGGGGUGGCAGCACUACGUGCCUGAGGGUGUGCACGCCCUGGUGAGGAGCAGCAGUGCUGUGGAAAAACAUCCUAAAGCGCCUAAGGGAUUGCUGCACUCUGUUUCUCAGGGAGGGCCAGCCCUGGUAAGGAGUGGCAGUGCUGUGGAUAACGUUUCUGAUUCGCCUCAAGGGUGGCAGCACUAUGUGCUUGAGAGGGUGCAGCAGUAUGUGCCUCAAGGGUUGCAGCAGUAUGUGCCUCAGAAGAUGCGGGCUCUGGUGAGGAGUGGAAGCGCGAUGGAAGCAGCUGGGGCAGCAGAGUGUCGGGCAGAGAUGCAUGGGUCGAAGGGCGAAGGGAGGGCAGCAAAGCAUGGGUCAGCGGGUGAACGGAGAGCAGCUGGGAGGUUGCAUGGGAGAGGGAGUGAGCGACGGAAAAGCAGCGAUGGUCGUUACGUUGCUGCUGAUGCUGCUGGUGGUGCCGGUGGUGCUGAUGCUGCUGCUGCUGCUGAUGCUGCUGGUGCUGCUGGUGCUGCUGGUGCUGCUGGUGCUGCUGGUGCUGCUGGUGGUGGAGUUCGAGCUUUCAGAAGUGUGCUUGAUAGAUCAGGGUUGCCUCCCCCGUAUGCUCGUCCUGCAGAUCUCACCCCUGCGUCAUCUUCUUCCUCCUCAGUCACACUCACUCCUGCUGCCACCCAAGCAGCAACACCAUCACUAUCGCCACUAGCCGCCCCGCCAUCAGCAGCAGCAUCCUCCUCAGCAGCAGCGUCAGCAGCGACACAAAAGCCGGCAACGGUGGGGGAGAGGCUGGGGGUGCUGGUGGGUCGGCGGGUGAUGGUGGUGGAUGACAACCUCAUCAACCGCAAGGUGGCCAGCAAGCUGCUGGAGAGGCACGGCGCGCGAGUCACCGCCGUGGAUGGCGGCGCCAAGGCGCUUCAAGCCCUCACCCCGCCCCACCCCUACGACCUCGUCCUCAUGGACCUCCAAAUGCCGGGCAUGGAUGGGCUGGAGGCGACUCAGAGGAUCCGGGCGCGGGAGAGGGCUCAGGGCGGGGGGCAUGUGGCCAUCGUUGCGCUCACAGCGGAUGUGAUUGCUGGCACGCGCCAGCAGUGCUUUGCCGUCGGCAUGGAUGACUACCUCUCCAAACCCCUCGAGGAUGCCCCUCUCUCCCAAGCUGUCUGGCGCUGCCUCGCCAACACAUGA